AUGGAGAUGGAAAUACAUCAAGAAAAUUCUGAUAUCAAUGGUAUACCAGGGUCAGGAUCUUGCCUAUAUGAUCUCUUCUGCACUGAAACACCAAGUUUGAAUUCUCAAAGUCAAAGAGAGCGAUGGAUGAUAUCUGGUCCACAAGAAAGAUUAGACAAUCUGAUGCGUCAAGCUGGGAACAAGUACUGCGCUGAUUGUGGAUCAUCAGAUCCAAAAUGGGUGUCUUCAAGUCUUGGAGUAUUUAUUUGCAUCAAAUGUUCUGGUAUACAUAGAAGUCUUGGAGUCCAUAUAUCUAAGGUUCUGUCACUGAAUCUAGAUGAAUGGACAGAUGAACAAGUUGAUUCAUUGGUCAACUUGGGUGGAAAUACAGUAAUCAAUAAGAAGUACGAAGCUUGCUUGCCAACUUACAUAAAAAAACCAAAACCGAGUUCAUCUAUCGACGAGCGCUCUGAUUUUAUUAGGAGAAAAUACGAGUUCCUACAAUUUUUGGAUUCUGAGGAGAAUUUGUCUUGUCCCUUUAUACCAUCCCAUGGAAGAAGUUCUUCAUCCGGUCAGAGCAGUUCCUCAAACAACAUUCCUCUACCAGAAAAAAAACGUUAUGAUAAACAAACAACUAAAAACCGUAUCGGGCUAUCGUUUCGAAACAGCUGGGGAAGAAAAGAUUCCGAGAGUAAGACUACAAAGAAGAGUACCUCAUUGGCAGGUAUGGUUGAAUUUGUUGGACUGGUAAAAGUUAAUGUGGUUAAAGGCACUAACCUAGCUAUCAGAGAUAUAGUGACUAGUGACCCGUAUGUCAUCCUUUCCCUUGGUAACCAAUCGGUGAAAACGCGUGUCAUAAAGAACAAUUUAAAUCCAGUUUGGAAUGAAAGCCUAAUGUUGUCAAUUCCUGAGAGCAUUCCUCCUCUUAGAGUGAUUGUAUAUGACAAAGAUGCAUUCAAAAAUGAUGAUUUUAUGGGGGAGGCUGAAAUAGACAUUCAACCACUAGUAUCAGCAGCAAAAGCAUAUGAGAAAUCAUCAAUCAAUGAGUCAAUGCAGCUUGGAAAAUGGGUAGCAAGUGGUGACAACACACUUGUGAAAGAUGGAAUAAUCUCACUUGAAGAAGGAAAAGUGAGACAAGAAAUCUCAUUGAGGCUACAAAAUGUUGAGAGAGGUGUGCUUGAAAUUGAACUUGAAUGUGUUCCUCUUACUCAAUAG